AUAUGCUGUCACCCCUAUCUGGGAAAUAAACUGGCCCAAGAAAUUCCGACAAGGGGAACCCUGCUUGCUCGAAAUUUGAUAUGGCUGUUCUAACCUCGAAUUCGCCUGUGGGGGUUACAUCCGGAGUGUGUACCAUUCUCGAAGCACGUAGGCUCCUCCUCAGCAACGUGUACCAAGGUCUUGGGACGCUGGCACUCGCAGAAAACCAUUUUUGAGAUAAACCUCUCUGCGAUCAGCUGAUAUUUGUAAUAGAAGCGCAAUAUUUUACAAACACUUCCUUCAAUCUUCGACAAGUUGUACCAGUGUGGAAUUGGAAGUAUAAGAUUCAGAUCAUCUCAAGAUGCAGGGCUCGUUCUCAGAGAUUGUUCUCAGUUUUCUGUUGAUUGCUUGCGUGGCAAAUGUUGGAAGAUGCGAACUCUUUACUUCCAUGGCGCAUCUCCAAACUGCACUUUACGCUGAAAGAGACAUUGCUGUCACCCUUAAAAACUACGUGGAGAAUGAAGAGGAGCGACUUCGAAAAAUUAAAAGACUAGCGGAGGACCUGGAGGCUCACAGUAUCAAGGCCCUGGAGAAGCCCGACUACUACCUGGCCAACCCAGUCAAUGCUUUCCUCUUUGUGAAGCGAUUCACUCUAGACUGGUCAAAGAAUGUCGACCACCUCCUCAAGAAUGAUUCCUCAGAGAGCAUGCGCAGGUACGUGGAGUACUAUCGCCAAGACCUGCCCUCGUACGAGGACCUGCAGGGGUCUGCGGCUGCCCUGAUGAGACUACAAGACACAUACAAGCUUGAUACAUCCAAAAUAGCUGAGGGCACCCUAGGGGGAGUGCAGUCAACGCAGCUCACAGCAAACGACUGCUUCGAGCUAGGGAAGCUAACCUAUAAUUCGGAAGAUUUCUAUCAUUCUUCCUUAUGGAUGGAGCAUGCACUGGAAAAACUGGCUACCCAAGAAAACAAACAAAAUGAAAGUGAUCUCCGGGCUGAGAUGCUUGACUACAUGGCCUUUUCUGAAUACAGGAAAGGAAAUGUCAAGACAGCUCUGAUAUUUACAGAGGAACUGCUGACACUAGAACCCAACCAUGAGCGAGCAACCAACAACAAGCGGUACUACGAGAAGAUGCUGAAGGACAAGGAGGCUUCAGAGUAUGCUCGGGGAGAGGAUGGAAAGACCUUGGACAUGGACCCUGUUGAAAAUGAUUAUCGCAGGUCACAUGAGUUCCAGAGCUAUGAGGCGUUGUGUCGGGGAGAGCAAAUAAUGGAGAUAAAAAAUACCCACAAGUUAGCGUGUCGUUACCGCACACGGAACAAUCCUCUACUGCUUAUGAUGCCAGCCAAAGAAGAGGAUGUAUUUCUGGAUCCAUGGAUUGUCAUGUACCAUGAUGUGAUGAGCGACUCAGAAAUAAAUGCAGUUAAAGGUUUAGCAACACCAAAGUUAAAUAGGGCUACAGUUCAGAACUCUAAAACAGGGGAACUCGAAGUGGCGACCUAUAGGAUAAGUAAAAGUGCAUGGUUGAAGCAGGAUGAAGACCCAGUAGUGGCCAAAAUCAAUGCUAGGAUGCAGGCCAUUACAGGCCUGAGCAUGGACACAGCAGAGGAGUUACAGGUUGCAAACUAUGGUUUAGGGGGACAUUAUGAACCACACUUUGACUUUGCAAGAAAAGAAGAAAAGGAUGCAUUCAAGUCACUUGGUACUGGGAACAGGAUAGCAACAUUCCUGUUUUAUAUGAGUGAUGUGGCAGCAGGGGGCGCUACUGUCUUCCCGUAUAUUGGUGUUAAACUGUUUCCCAAGAAGGGCACAGCGGCAUUUUGGUACAACCUGUAUAAGAAUGGGGAAGGUAUUUACAACACCCGCCAUGCUGCAUGUCCUGUGUUGGUUGGGAUCAAGUGGGUGUCCAACAAGUGGAUUCAUGAGAGAGGGCAGGAAUUCCGACGACCUUGUGGUUUAUAUGCAGAAGAAUAAUAUACCUCGUUCUCCAGCAGCAGUGAAGAAAAUUUGAAAGAAUGAAUGAAUCUCAGAAUGUAUAUUUGUAACAUAUUUUGAAUGUCCCAAGUUUAUGUCUAUGAAUUGAUGUGUUGAUGUUCCUGCCAUGAAAUUCAAUGUGAUGUUUUACACCGAAAUAUCUGGGACAAGUGCCAGAUUUCUGUCAUUAUGUGUUAGGUUUCUCUUUUGUGCAUUUUUGAUGAAUUUUGACAAGUAGCUGGUUUUCCUUGUGUUUAUACUUGAUGUCCUUCUUCCCAUGUUUAUCCCAUUUGGUUCAUUAUUAGUAUAGACACAGUGCAGUGUAAGUAAAGAACCAUGAGGAGAUGCAAAUAUUGUCUAUUUCCUACAGAAGAUUUACAAAUUCUCAUAUGCUUUUCAAUGAGAGUUUUCAUGAGAUCUUCCAUGCCAGACACAGUAAUGCAUACAAAAAUAGUUUAUGAGGAAAUCUCAAAUAAUGCUGACCAGAGAAAUUACCAACCAGGCUUUUGUGAGCCACAUAAUUUUUUUUUUUUUUUCAUCAUUUUCUUCGUGGCCACGGAGGUAGAACAAAUGUGUGUACCCAGUACUUGAAAUUGUCAAACAUGUUGAUUGUUGUGUACAUGAUAAAAACAGACAUAUUUCCAUUAACAUGGUUCUGUAAUUGAAUACUAUAACAUAAAGAGACAAAUAAAUAUAUUUCUUACAAACUGGUUAAAUGUAAAUAUUGAAUAUGAUACUGCAAGUCAUACUCUGAAUGUAUAGGGCUGUACAUCAUUGUGUAUUGUCAGACUUUUUUAUUACUUGUGUAACAUGUAGGUUUGAAAACUAUAUGGACAUUUUCUUGAAAAUAUAUACAAAUAGCACUACGUAAGUAUGAGGUCUAAUAUAUGUAGGUCUGAUCAUGGUUUUCAUGAGCAGGAUUCACAAAAAGUUUCUGAUAAAUAUUUGUGGAGCUAAGCUGCAUAAAGAACUGACGCAACAUUAGAAACUCCUUUACCUAUUGCUUUUAUUUGUUGUUGUUUCUAACAUAAUGAAAAUCAACAAAUGUACCACAAACCCACAACUUUGUAAAAUGUUCUGGUAAACAAAGAGAGAGAGAUUUUAUGAUCAAAUACAACAAUGUGUGAAUUAAGUUUCAGAAAUGUGACCUUUUUAUGUUUUACCUAUAUAUUGCAUACCAUAUUUAAAAAUAUACCUGUUUAUUUAUUGUAAAACAUGAAAUCCAUAAUAGUUAAGUUAGAAAUAGAUCCAUUUGAUAUGAUCAGAAAGGGAAAGAACCUAACUUUGAAUAGUGACCACUAUUUCUGACAUUAAAUGUCUAAGUUCCUAAGAAGUGAGGCCAGGUUAGGAAGGUUGUACAUAGUGUAGUUUGCAUACCAACCUUGGUGUGCAGUGGGGUGUCAGAUGUCCACUUGGUGUACAGUGGGGUGCCAGAUGUCCACUUGGUGUGCAGUGGGGUGUCAGAUGUCCACUUGGUGUACAGUGGGGUGUCAGAUGUCAACAUGGUUUACAGUGGGGUGUCAGAUGUCCACUUGGGGUACAAUGGGGUACCAGAUGUCAACUUGGUGUACAGUAGGGUGCCAGAUGUCAACUUGGGGUACAGUGGGGUGCCAGAUGUCCACUUGGUGUGCAGUGGGGUGUCAGAUGUCCACUUGGUGUACAUUUGUGCCAGAUGUCCACUUGGUGUACAGUGGGGUGUCAGAUGUCCACUUGGUGUACAUUUGUGCCAGAUGUCCACUUGGUGUACAGUGGGGUGUCAGAUGUCCACUUGGUGUACAGUGGGGUGCCAGAUGUCAACUUGGGGUACAGUGGGGUGCCAGAUGUCCACUUGGUGUGCAGUGGGGUGUCAGAUGUCCACUUGGUGUACAUUUGUGCCAGAUGUCCACUUGGUGUGCAGUGGGGUGUCAGAUGUCCACUUGGUGUACAUUUGUGCCAGAUGUCCACUUGGUGUACAGUGGGGUGUCAGAUGUCCACUUGGUGUACAGUGGGGUGCCAGAUGUCCACUUGGUGUACAGUGGGGUGUCAGAUGUCAACGUGGUUUACAGUGGGGUGUCAGAUGUCCACUUGGGGUACAGUGGGGUACCAGAUGUCCACUUGGUGUACAGUGGGGUGCCAGAUGUCCACUUGGUGUACAGUGGGGUGCCAGAUGUCCACUUGGUGUACAGUUGUGCCAGAUGUCCCCUUGGGGUACAGUGGGGUGUCAGAUAUCCACUUGGGGUACAGUGGGGUGUCAGAUGUCCAUUUGGUGUACAAUGGGGUGCCAGAUGUCCACUUGGUGUACAUUAGUGCCAGAUGUCCACUUGGUGUACAGUGGGGUGCCAGAUGUCCACUUGGUGUACAUUUGUGCCAGAUGUCCACUUGGUGUACAGUGGGGUGCCAGAUGUCCACUUGGUGUACAGUGGGGUGCCAGAUGUCCACUUGGUGUACAUUUGUGCCAGAUGUCCCCUUGGUGUACAGUGGGGUGUCAGAUGUCCACGUGGGGUGUCAGAUGUCCACAUGGUGUACGGUUGGGUGCCAGAUGUCCACUUGGUGUACAGUGGGUGCCAGAUGUCCACUUGGGGUACAGUGGGGUACCAGAUGUCCACUUGGGGUACAAUGGGGCGCCAGAUGUCCACUUGGUGUACAGUGGGUGCCAGAUGUCCACUUGGGGUACAAUGGGGCGCCAGAUGUCCACUUGGUGUACAGUGGGUGCCAGAUGUCCACUUGGUGUACAGUGGGUGCCAGAUGUCCACUUGGGGUACAAUGGGGCGCCAGAUGUCCACUUGGUGUACAGUGGGUGCCAGAUGUCCACUUGGUGCACAGUGGGGUGCCAGGGAUCCACAGGGGUCACUCCAGGCCAACAUUUUGUUCAAGUCCUGCUACUGACAGUUGGGCAUUUUGAAAGGACAGCUUCUUGGGUUUAGGUAUAGGAGGUACUGCAAAGGGAUAUGGGUCAUCUCUGUUUAGUGUCGUGAUGUUACAGUACAAGCUAUUGCAAGGUAGGAUUCCAGGAUGUAUUCACAAAGGGGAAAUAGUUUGUACAUUUUGGUGUUUGCCAUGGGGUUUUGGUGAUGAUGUCAUGUGCAAAAUGAACACCAGCAUUUGACUACAGAUAGAGUAGCUGUGAGUGUUUAAAUGCUUGUACACCAGUAGACUGGCGGAGUCAAGGAACUGCCUUAAUUCUACAGUUGACCUGUAGAACACAACCUACUUGAAAACAGGAGGAAGUAAUCAGUUCAUUUCAGUCAUCAGAAUAGUUGUUAGAUGUUGUUUUACACGUAGUGAUUAUACAAGUAUUAGCUCUAGUUAUAACAGUAUAUGAUUCAGUUAAACUGCACCUGUCAAUAUACAUUUACCUUACGCCAGUUGUAACACAUUUAUUUGAAUCACAAGCUUCAUGAACAAAUUUGUGCUGUUUAACUAGGAUCUCUAUCUCAACAUUACCUCUGUCAGUUUGUCUUCCAACUUGGGUUAUAUUUGUUUAGUUUGAAGCUUAUCAUGAGAAACAGCGUUUUGUUUUCAAAUGGGUCUUUACAGUUUGUUAUCAUUGUAGCCUUGCUAUGUGUAUUCCCACCUAGAAAAGGUCCACAGUUCCCCAUGCUUGUCAUAAGAGCUGCCUUUUGCAUCAUCCUUAGGCAAGGGAGUUAACUGACUACAAAAGACCAGUUUCCACCUUUGCCGAACUAGGCUGGUAUUAUGGAGUCCAUGCAUAGUCCAAGCAAAACCGUGUAACGAAAUGGACAUCUGGUUCAUAAACUACCGUGAAGAUUUCGAUCGAUUUCUGGAUUUGCAAAGCAUGUCUACCGCUACCUAGGAGUUAUUUUCUAAAUCUGUUCAUGUGCUCACAUUUGAUGCACUUCAUGAAGUAAGACCAGUUUUCUACAAUAUAGAUUUUCAUUAUCGAUGUGAUCAUCUUGACCUGGUGCCGCCAUUUUGUUUGAAGCAAAUGCAAGUGAUAUGAGAGGGGGAAUCUGAUUGGUCAGUAGGAGGAACAUGGAGGGGACAUAACUCGUAAUGGCCACUGUUGGCACUACAAUCGAUCCGAAGAAUUCCAGCCUAUUUCGGCAAGGGUGGAAACUUUUUCAGUCUGUUAACUCGCUUGCCUUGCUGUCAACCACUUUGUUGCCCUGUCCAGACUUGAUUAUGCCAUGAAAUACAGCUGACGUGAUGCUGCCUGAGACAUAAAACAGCAUUCAUUCAUUGACUGUACCUUUAUUUGCUGCUAUUUGUGUUGUUGCUGCAACCUGGUACCACUGUCCCCUUAUUGUGAUGGUCUGUAGAUUAGCAUCAUUACGAUGCAUGGGCAUUGUGAGCCAGUGCUUGAAGGCUUGGUGGCAAAGUUACCUGGAUGUGCUUGUCUUUGGAUCAGAUCCAAGAUACACACACAAUACAUUCUGCAUUUUAUCACAUAAUUGUCUCUUACCUUUAUCAUUUUCCUCUCAGUGAUAUGCCAUGAUUUGAACCAAACUCACUCCCCCACUAGGCCAUCUCGCCUGUACUUUCCAUUUGUUUGGCUGUGCCAGUAGACAAUCUAACAGGCCCUCCGUUGGACAUACAUAUUAUCAUAGUAAUAUUGUGUGAACUUGUUGGGAAUUGUAGACAAUUUCUAAAAAAUGUAUCUUUAAUACAAUUACUGUCAAACAAUUCUGUACUUCUAUAUUGAUAUGGAUUGUACUGGUAGGGGUGGGGUGGGGGGUGGGGGGUUAUGUAAAAGGGAAAAUAGAUUUACUUGGACACAAUAUGGCAACGUAGAUACCUAUCAGUGUUAAUCCUAUAGAAGACUUAUUUAGCAACAACUAACCUGCAGAUAUGUUCUACUCUGAAAUGUUGUAAAUCUGGAAGGUACUUUUCCCAAUGAAAUCUUCCAGACCUCGCUAAGACUGUCGCAACAGGGCCCAGUUGUGGAACAGGGCCCAGCUCACUAAUCAUGAAAAUGGAGUAAUUUCUUUUGUAUAUUUUUGGACUUUCAAUACAGUAAUCGUCCUGAAUAAUGGUCUGGAAUAACAUGGUUUCACUGUAAUUGCUAAGAUGUUAUCUUACAUUCCCAUGUUCAUGAUCCAGGCUAAGUCUGUAAGAUGCCAUUGUUCUCUCCUUGUUGCAGAAAGAACUUCAGUGUAUUCAGAAAUCAUUGGACAACUUGUCUUUUGUAUGUGGCACAGGAAUUGUUUUUGUCUUGGCAGAGUUUCAGUAUAUUGUGAAAGAGACUUUACAAAUGUGUUUUAAAGAUGUAAUAUGCAAUGUCUGAAAUAAAAGAGGACUAUAUGAUGUUAAAA